GAGUUUAGUUUACGAUGAUUGGCAGCUUAGAAUUAUAUUAUCACCACAUAAAUCUAUUCGGUUCGUCGUCACCACCAUAAUAAUCCGAUCAUGACGGCACCAAUAGCGACCCAUUAACCCAAACCCGGAACCGAACCAGCGAUCCUUAAUCCUCCCCGUACACCGUCUCGGUCGUCUCCACGCCCAAAUCCCCAACUCCAACCUCUCCUCUCCUCGGCACACAGAUCUAUCGACUCGAUCCCACCCCACCCAGGCCACCUUUGAUCGCUAGCCGAUCGGAUUUAUGCAGUCCUACUGCCAGCCAUGCCGCGCAGCAGCUUGAGGGAGAGCUUGAGCGGGGAGGAGCCGGGCGGCGCUGGGGUAGACCGGGCUCGGCGUCGGCGGCAAUGUCCGGGAUGUCCGACUCCGCGGGCGGCCGCGCGGGCGUGGAGCUGAUGGUGGAGCAGUUCCAACUCAAGGUGCUCCACGCUGUCCUCGCCGUGCGCACGCCGCGCCUGCUCGCCGCCGCCGCCGCGCCGGCGGCGUCGUUCCGGCGGAGGGACAGGUGGUUCCACCUCCCGCUCCACGACCCGCCGCCGCCGCCCGAGGCGGCCGAGCGCCUGGAGGCGCUGGCUCCGGGGGAGCGGCUCGUGGUGGACGUCCACUUGGCCCCCGCCGGCGGCGGCGCAGGAGCGGGAGGGGAGGUGGUGGAGAGGUGGACGGUGGCGUGCGAGCCCUGGCCGGACGCUGCGGGCGAGGGGCUGGCCGUCAACCGGGCGUACAAGCAUUGCUUCACGCUGCUGAGGUCGGUGUACGCCGUGCUCCGCCUCCUCCCGGCUUACCGCGUUUUCCGCCUCCUCUGCGCGAACCAGUCCUACAACUACGAGAUGGUCCACCGCGUCAGCUUCUUCGUCGAGCCCUUCUCCCGCGCCGAGGAGGCCGCCAUGCGCUCCCACCGCUUCGUCCCCGUCGAGACCCAGCUCGGCCGCCUCGUCGUCUCCGUCCAAUACCUCCCCAACCUCGCCGCCUUCAACCUAGAGAUCACCUCCCUCUCGCCGUCCAUGCUGAUUCCUGACUACGUGGGCAGCCCAGCCGCUGAGCCCAUGCGCUUCUUCCCAGCUUCGCUCACCGAAGCCACGGGCUCCGCCUUCCCGCCGUCAUAUCAGCAGCAGCGCCCGCACAGCUGGGCUCCGCCUGCGUUCUGGCCACACGCGCCUGCGCAGCAGGGCAAGUUCUCGCCGACACCAGUGAUUUAUGCGUCACCGACGCCCUCGCCCCCCAACUUUCCUAGUGGGUACCUGCAAUCUCGUCUGAUGAGGGGGGAGUCUGCGCCAAUGAGCAUACCGCAGCUGGGCGAAAGUAGGAGCCCCGUGCACCGCCAGAACGUGCUGGAACCCGGUAGAGGCUUCAUGCUGCCACCGCCGUCUCCGAGGAGAGUAGACACUGGGGCAACUGGUGCGCAAGAGUCUCCAUCGGAGUGCAGCCGGUUGAUUGGGCGGAUGGAAGGACUUCGAACGGUAGAUCCCUACGCGAGCCCGUCACCAAGACACAAGGGCAAAGAUAGUAAAGAUGAAUCUGGGAGAUUCUCUGCACUGUCAUCAUGUGAUUCCCCUCGGCAAGAUGAUCUGGACGAUGUAGAUUAUCCUUUUGCAGUGGAUGAUGUUGAUAUGCCGGUCUCCCGACCUGGGAGCAGUGAUGGGAAGGAAGUGGGAGAUCAGGCAGGUUCAUCGUCGCAUAAGUCUCAAGAUGCACAAGUUGGUUCUCUAGUCAACCUGCUGAGAACUGCACGCCCGCUGCGAGAUCCUAGCUAUUCAUCACAAACAUCCGAAGUAGCCUCAACAAGUUCUGUCAUGUCGCGUAGGACAUCUGAUGCACUUGAGGAGCUCCAAUCCUUCAAAGAGAUAAGGGAGAGACUGCUGUCCCGGAGUAGCGCAAAACAUCAAGCGCCACCGGAAAAACCAUAGCACCAUUCUUUCCUUCGUUUCUCUUAACAUCACCGCUUAAGAUCCCCAACCAAGAACAAGCUACAUGGUGAGCUAAGUGAUCUUAACAAGCUACAUGGUGAGCUAAGUGAUCUUUUGUUGAGGUGUUCAUGUAUAUAUGACUGAUGAAAUUGAUGCGAUUAGUUGAAGAGACCGACUGUGAUCCGCCGCUGUUCAUACUCUUGUGUAUCUGGAAAGUGAAGCCGAUACUCGUAGGUGGGGGAGCCUGCGAUGGACGCAGUGCUCUAGUGUGUGCGUGUGUGUAAAUUAUGUAACUGCUCGGAACCAAGUGUUUCAUUAAACACAAAUCUUUUAAAGUUCUGCUCGCAUUUCAGAGGACU